CCGACAGCAGCUGGCUGCAAGAUACUGAGGGAGACCGGGCCGAAGGGGGGAAAUAAACUGAGAGGAGCGGGGUGGCCGGGACAGGGAAGAAUUGAAAGGGUGUUCUGCUGGAACUUCUUGGACUUGCAAGAGGUUUACUAAUCAGAGCCUUUGUGCUUUCCCAAAUUUGGAAUUCCGGACAUCAGCAAUGGCAAGUGGGAAGUUGGUGCCCAAGGAGAGGGAGUGGGCUGUGGUGAUCACCAGCUUUUUGCUGUGUACUACGGCAUUGAUGGCAACUUGCCGUGCCCAUAAGGUAAACCUGGGGUGUGCCACUGGCUUCCUGAUGCAGGCCAGUGCAGCGGCACUGAGUGCCAUCCACUCGUACACUGAGGAGCCCUCUGUCCUCCUGACAGUCAGCCUGCGGGAUGUCAGCUGGCUCUCCAUGGUCAUCGGGCUGCCGCUCGUCUCCUUUGGCUUCCACUGGCUCAAUGGUGACCAUCUGGCGGCGAACUCAGCAGCGGCUGUCGGCAUCCUGAUCGCCGGCUGUUGUGGUGGUCUAGCUGAGGAGGGCCGGGAGACCGCGGUGAGCUUGGCCAUUGCUGCUCCUGUCCUCUCUGUCCUGACCAUCUGCCUCGUCACCACCAACCUGUACGGCAUCCUGGGCAGCCUGGCCGUCGGCCUAGCUGGCAUGGCAAAGGAGUUUCGGCUGGGUGAGCAGCUGGGCCUGAAGGAGGUGGUUGUUCGGAAUGUCCUGCUGACCUGUGGAGUGGUGGCACUGCAUCGAGCACUGGACACCCAGCAGCAGCAGCAGGCAGAAACAACAUGACCCCUGCUCUGUCACCAUAGGAACACCGUCUUCCUGGAGCUAUCACCAAACGGGAACAGAAGGACCCUGAUCCUUGACCUCACUGGCAUGAUACAGGAUGCCCUCAACCCAAGUUGACCUUUACUCUCUAACCUCUUAACCCCAGGCCACCCAUGUGGUCAGCAACAACUCAGCUCUGAAUGAAUGCAGAAGAACUGACCAGACAGCAUUGAGGUGGACAUUGCGUCCCCGGAGAAACCGGUUUGAGUGAGAAAGUUAUUCAGCUGACAUUCGGAUCAUUGCAGGAACAAUGUCUCCUGUCAUUUAAAUGUCUUUGAUCCCAAUAAAGUUCUGGUUCUGUUGUG